AUGCUGAGUCCGCUUGUGCUGGUGCUGCCCCUCCUUGGGAGCCUGGUCCUCGUGGCGCCUGGCCAGGCCCCCGCACGAGCAGGCAUCGUGGGGGGGCAGGAGGCGCCCGUGGGCAAGUGGCCAUGGCAGGUGAGCCUGCGCGUAAGGUCCAAGUACUGGAUACACAACUGCGGGGGCUCCCUCAUCCACCCCCAGUGGGUGCUGACUGCCGCACACUGCUUCAGCCGGAGCGUGGUGGACCCCAUGGACUACAAAGUGCAGCUGCGGGAGCAGAACCUCUACUACCGAGAUCGGCUGCUGGCCAUCAGCAGGAUCAUCCUGCACCCCAACUACUACAGCGUGGAGGUCGGGGCAGACAUCGGCCUGCUGAAGCUGCAGCAGCCUGUGAACCUGUCCAGCCACGUCCAGCUGAUCAAACUGCCGCCCGCCUCCGAGACUUUCCCACCAGGAACGCCGUGCUGGGUGACAGGCUGGGGCGACACCAGCGACGGGAUAGACCUCCUGCCGCCGUACCCCCUGAAGCAGGUGAAGGUGCCCAUUGUGGACAAUGGCCAGUGUGACGCCCAGUACCACAUGGGCUCCUCCACGGGGGACAGUGUGCAGAUUGUCAAGGCCAACAUGCUCUGCGCCGGGGCCUUCCGGAAGGGCCCCUGCCAGGGCGACUCCGGAGGGGCGCUGGCCUGCAAGGUGAACCGCACGUGGCUGCAGGCGGGCGUGGUGAGCUGGGGCGAGGGCUGUGCCCACCCCAACAGACCCGGCAUCUACACCCGCGUCACCCACUUCCUGGACUGGAUCCACCAGUACGUCCCCCAGGAGCCCUGAGCUUGGGUGCAACCUGGCAC